AUGAUCUACAUAUUAGUCAAUCAUGCCAAACAAACCAGGCUUGAAGACGGCAAGAAACUGAAAGCCAGUUAUCGUCAAAAAAAAAAACGAUCGGCUAAGAGAUUGAUUUGUUGCGUUUUUAAAUUUCACCAAGGCAUGAAUAAUGGUCAAGGUUACGCAGAGAAGAUAAUAUGGAUAGAAAGCCUGCCUGCCUGGGAAGGAAUUAAUAAAAUUUGCAUAUUACUGUCUAGGCAUAGGUUAGGGCAAUGUGUCUUACGUAUGCACCUAGGUACUCGCUACACAACCCCUCCCAAACUCAUGUCUUUGAGAUUCUUUACUGUACCUGAUGUUCUAUUGUUUCAAUGCAAAAGUUCCAAAACACUGCCUGGGAAAAAGAUAGGGCCCGUCUUUGAGAAGAUACAUAAGCAACUGAAAGAAGUCAUUAAAGAUCAAGCAGUGGCUGAGAACAAGGCUGAAUUGUCGCCAAAGCUGGACCAACCACAUGCUAUAUUUUGUCUUGACGAAGCUCGUCAUCUCUUUUUCCAAGGGCCGUCCGAAGAAAGUGAUGACAUGAGGUUUCUUGCUUUCCGUCUAGCUACAAGGCACCAGACGAGAGUCCGAGAUCCUCAAAGUGGCAUUACGAGGGACAACAAGCGAUUUUUCGCUCUUCUAUUGGAUACUUCGUCCAGAGUAUCAGCAUUUUCACCACCCCGGGAGCACGACCCCAGCAAGAAGUUCCUACGUCCGGGAGAUUUAUUUGCGCCAAUUUACAAAAUUGAUUCCAAGGAUGUCUUUGCUAGGGACUCUGGUGCGGAAUCAAGGUCAGAGACAACCGUUGGUCCAGUUCGUCUCUUUAGCCUCGGUCGACCACUUUGGGGCGCAUAUCUCGAUGCUGGGCAAGGCUGGCAAGAUGUAGAGCAACUCGCUUCCGAAAAAGUCUGCAACAGGAGCAACGACACCCAGGUGGUUGCGUUGCUAUCAUACCGUAUCAAUUUUUAUGUGGUUGAUCACCGACUGGCGGAGGAGCUUACCUCCGGGUAUCUAAGGUACAUUGUCGGAAUCAGCGAUGAUCGCAAGUUUUUACAGACAAUGCAACCAUCCGAGCCGAUCCUCGCACAUAUAUCCGCUACAGAGAUGAAAGACAGAACCAACCGGUUAGAUGUCGUCAAGGCACUACAGGGAACUAGUCACGCAUGGAACCAUUCACAUAGGUGA